AUGAACAAAUUCCGAGCCAAAGCCAGUUCCUUGCCAAUUUUUAAUGGACGUACACCAGAUACCAACGGAUUGACGAGCACAUCGCUGCCCAUGCCGGUCCUGGUGCCUGGAACUGCACAAAGGAAGCCCCCGACAACAAGUCGCAAGCCCACAAUUUUUACCAUAACGGACGGUAGCGUCGCAGGCAUUGGCCCUGCUCCUGCCAUGUCUCUGGCCCAGGCUACACCACAGCAGGAGCAGCUGGCCUUGCAACAGCUGGCGGUGCCGAAACAUGCAAGUCUGGUUAAUGAGAAGACGCUUAAUAUUGCCGGCACAGAGCUCACCAACUACGACAAGGUGAAGGUGGUGGGUCAGGGAUCCUUCGGCAUUGCCAUUCUCUAUCGCCGCAAAUCCGAUGGCCAUCACAUUGUCUUCAAGCAAAUCCUUUUGAAUGACCUAACCCCGCCCGGUCGGGACUUGGCGAUGAACGAAGUGGAUGUUUUCUCAAAGUUACAUCAUCCCAACAUCGUUAGCUAUCUGGGCAGCUUCAUCAAGGACAAUACGCUGCUCAUCGAGAUGGAGUAUGCGGACGGUGGAACUCUGGCACACAUUAUUGCCGAGCGCCAGGGUCGAACGCACUUUCCCGAACGCUACAUCAUAGCUGUGUUCGAGCAAAUCUCCAGCGCCAUUAAUUACAUGCACUCCGAGAACAUUUUGCAUAGGGAUCUGAAGACGGCAAAUGUUUUUCUAAACAAGCGCGGCAUCGUCAAAAUUGGCGAUUUCGGCAUCUCAAAGAUAAUGAAUACCAAGAUUCACGCACAAACCGUACUAGGCACGCCCUACUAUUUUAGCCCAGAAAUGUGCGAGGGCAAGGAGUAUGACAACAAGAGCGACAUUUGGGCUCUGGGCUGCAUUUUGGGCGAGAUGUGUUGCCUGAAAAAGACCUUUGCCGCCUCCAAUCUGUCGGAAUUAGUCACCAAAAUCAUGGCCGGCCAAUAUACAGCUGUGCCAUCAGGCUAUACAUCGGGCUUGCGCAGUCUUCUGGCCAAUCUGUUGCAAGUAGAGGCUACGCGUCGCCCAACCGCUGCCGAAAUUUUGGAAUAUUGGAUACCAUUGAUAUUUCGCAAUUUGGGAAAAAACAAAGGCUACUCCUACGAGAACGAUGCCCAUAUAAAUGGUACACAUCUGUCGGCUCAGGUUUCUGUAGCAAGUCGCAGCAAUCUGACCAUAGAAUUACCCACCGCUAAGACCGAGACCAAGCAGCUUAUGAAUGCCGAGACUUGUGCCCCGCACGAAGUUAUUGAGAAGCGCUCUGUUCUCUAUCAGCUGAAAUCGUUUGGGAGCAGCUUUAGCAUGAGUCCCAUACAGCUUCCCCCGAAGGCGGUGAUCAUAUGCGUGGCCAUGAGCGAUUCCCAUUUUGUGGUUGUGAACGAGGAUGGCUCCACGUAUGCUUGGGGUGAGGGCACACAUGGCCAGCUUGGACUGACCUCCCUGGAGGCGUGGAAGCAUUAUCCGAGUCGCAUGGAAAGCGUGCGCAAUUAUCACAUAAUCAACGCCUGUGCCGGCGAUGGAUUCACUGUGCUGCUAACACAGUCGGGCAGCUUACUGAGCUGCGGCAGCAAUACCAAGUACGCUCUCGGUCAGGAGGAGCAGAAGAACUACUAUAGUCCAAAGGUAAUAGAUAAGCUGACAGAUGUGCGCAUUGACCAGAUUGCUGCAGGCCUAAACCAUGUUCUGGCGCUAAGUCGCGAAGGAACUGGCGCUGUCUACGUUUGGGGCAGCAGCUACAAGGGAGCCCUGGGCCUGGGCAACUACCAGACGCAGCAAAAAAUGCCCCAAAAAAUCUUGCUGGCCCAUGUAAAGAGCAAGCCUGCGCAAAUAUUCUGCGGACCAGACACCUCCGCCGUACUAUUUACCAAUGGGGAGAUCCACGCCUGUGGCAGUAACGACUAUAAUAAGCUGGGCUUUAACAGACCCGGCAAAAUCACGGCCUUUAAGCGUAUUCAGCUACCACACAAGGUUCUGGAGGCUUGCUUCUCCUCCACCCACUCGGUAUUUCUGGUCGAGGGCGGCUAUGUUUAUACCAUGGGUCGUAACACGGAGGGUCAGCGCGGUCUACGCCACUGCAAUCUCGUGGAGCAGCCAACACUUGUGGAGGCCAUUCGUGCGCGUUAUAUUGUGAAAGCCAAUUGCAGCGAUCAGUGCACCAUAGUGGCAUCAGAGGACAACAUCAUUACGCUUUGGGGCACGCGAAAUGGUAUGCCUCUACCCGAUAUCGGUUCCAGCAAUAGUGGUCUGAAUAUGGUAUGUUUAACAGAUUUCGAAUUAGACAACAACACGGCGGCCUUUACAGAUUUUCUAGCUUCAGUCUACAAGUCAGAGCUACUCCUUGAGCCCGUGGACAUAUUAGCGCUAUACUCUUCUAAAGCGCAGCGCGAGCGAGGAUACUACGUACGUGUCCACCAUGUCUACCCUUUGGCGCACAGUUUGUUAAUCUUAGUGGACACCACGACACCACUUGUAUCAUCAUUUGAGGAGAUGGUGAAUUGA